AACAAUUUCAAAUUGAAAUUCUAACUAGCUGCUUUCACUUGGACUUGAAAGCAUAUAGCAGCGCAUCUCAUCUCAUCCGAGUCAUCUCAGGCGACCUAGAGCCAACUCCGGCGACGGCGGCAUUGGACCGGUACUUCUAGAAACGUGUUAAGCUAAGGCUCAUCAGUGGAUGUCUUUUUAUUGCAUGUCUCUUUUACAAAGAGAAAUUCCAUCUAACAGUAGCAGUCUGGGUUAGGAUUUCAUGAUGCAACAUUUGUCAUUUUAAAUGGCAAAACGAAGGGUUAAGAAGACUGUAAAGCAGUCUGCCGCAUCAUCUCAGAGCAACAUAAAUGAUGCUAAUGCAAAGGAACCCCAACUUGAAAAGAGAAAAGACUCAUUGAUUGACCAAGAAGUUGAACGUCAAAGUGCUGCCAUUAGGGCUAUUCGUGAUGUGGAGUCUGAACAUUUGCGGACAAGGUUGCGUUUGCUCCGUUCAUACUUCAAAAAGGAACAGCUACGGACUCCUGUUCUUGAAUUUUUUAAGGAAAACCUUCCAAAUCUGGAAGUAGUACAAAAUGGGAAAGGACAAUUUGAAGUGCAAUGGAAGGAUGAAGCAAUGAGAAAUGCUGGUGGGGAAAACAUGCAUGUUGCUCUUUUGCAUCAGAUGUCCAUAGCUUAUCCUGAUUGCUCUGCUGCAGUGCCAUCUUUUGGUGGCUUUGAAUUUUCAAGCAAAGCAGUGAAAACGAGCCUUCUAGGUGCUGAUAAUCUGCAGAUCCGAGACUUUGUCUUGGAGGAGCCAUCCGAAACUCAGAUGAUGGGAUUGCAAGAUGCUUUCCAAACUCCUGGGGUGAGUAGCCAUAGGUUGUCAGUUGGAAUGACACCCAAAACCCUAAGGCUGCCUAAGCAUGGUGAGAUGCUUCUCUCAGUCCAUGGCUCUCCUCUUGGUCUCUACAAGGAAGAUAACAUGGAAGCAAUACAUGAGUCGGAAGAGGUUGACUGGCUACAAAUCAUUCGAUUACUCAAAUAUGGUUUAAGAAUUUCUUGCACCGCCCAACUAAAAGCAGUUCAAAAUAACAUCGUUGCUACUGGUGAUUGCAAUACAUCAAAUUCUGCUCAUUUUCUAACGCACCAUUGGCUUUGUACUGGAUUCUUAUCAGAAAAUUGUAUUCCAGGGUUCCUCUAGGGUUCUAAUUUCUGAAGAUCCGUAUGAUUAUUUGCUCUUUCUUGCUGUAAGUGCUAUAGCUAUUGUAGAGAAAUUGGGCCUCCAAACAAGUUCUAGUCAUCCGAUUCAAUGACCAUGACAAAGACGCUUGUAUGUAUGUAUGGAUAUUGACCAUUAUCUGAGGAAAGCCUGUGACUUUUUUUAUA